GCGUAUUACCCCCCUCGCCCCCCCUCAAUGCAGCCCUGGAUACCGAGUAUGGUAGUCAAGAGUGUUUAAUAGCCAUUGUAGCUCGGUUUCUACCCUGUAUGAAUGCUCAAGUGGUAGUAUUCAGUGGCCAUAUUUGUGUGCCAUAUUUGUGUGCUGGUGCGUAUUGCUUGUGCCAGAUUAUGACUAAUAUAGGAUCACUCCAGGUAACUUAUAAAAUGAAAGCACCGCGGGUGCUGAUGCCUCGGUGGAUGUCAAAGUUACAUAACAUAAAGUAUACUAGCUAUUAACACACAUGCAUGAUAUCAUAUGUAUUAAUUUUGCUGCAUGCAGGGAAAGUCACAGAGCGGGAUAUGAUCAAUAAUGAUUAUUAGUAAAAAGGAUGCCAAAAGUACAAGUAUAUACAAAGUCUAAGACUAAUGGCUGCACCAGUAGAGCCUUGCAGCUCUUUUCUCACUUUUGCAGCUACCAUGUAGCUAGCGUUCUAGUGCAGAGGUAACUACUAUGUAGAAUAGCAACACUCCAUGGACAACAUUUGCUACGCACUCUUCUGAAGGCUGCAAUGGCAUUCCAAGCAGGAGGGAUGGAGACUGGAGCAUGAGAACCCGCAAGACCCAACCACACCUAUCAUCUUCAAGGGUGUGAUUUUCAACGAAAUGAAAGGAGUGUUUGCUUCGAAUUCCCCGGAAAGUGUGUUUGUGCAAGCUCUCCAGAACAAGAUCCUCCCAGGUCACACCUGCUCCCACAUCAGCAGAGGCUGGCCCAACGACAUCCUCAACCUCACAUGUAGUAAGCUAGCUGAAUCAUGAUAAUCUUGUGUUCUCUGGCCAAAGUGCACGCGUGCAGUGGGAGUCCCUGAGGCAGUUCCACUCCUCUCACUACCAUCCCACCAAUGCCCUCGAGCUCUUUUUCACAUACCGUAUGUAAGCUUGUAAGCUUUAGCAGAAAUUUGGUUAUAGUGGGACACCCAUUUGAGAUUCGAUUGGAAAAUGAGACCUAGAUCUUUGUUGGACAUUGAGUGAGUUACGUUGAGUUACGUUUAGUCCGGCUAGAGUGUAUGAGGUUUGGGGUGGAGGGGAGGAGCAGAAUUGAAUUACUAUGCUUUUCAUUUCGUUGAAAGGGAGCGACCAGCUUUUGCUCCAACUAGUGAUGUCAUUGAUGUCUGACUGAAGCUUGUUGACAUCCUCCACACUAUCGAUAACCUUGGAGCAUUUGGUAUCAUAAGCAAAAAGGUGCACUUUGUAAAGGUACGUGUAGUGGUUAAUUAGUUAAAAAUGAUAUCAGCAAACACACACAUGGUCUGCUGUGGUUUGUACCUCCAGCCCACAUUUAAUUUUAUUCAUGGCUAAUAGUUUACACAACUACAAGUGUUAGUGACGGAUUCUUCUUUGUACAAUCCUGACUAGACUAGUGUGCAUUAAUUAUUAUAAAGGAUUUUUAUGUUCAGUUGCAAUUGCUUUUACAAUGAAAGCACCGCAGGUGCUGAUACCUCGGUGGAGAUGCCAAAGCUACAUAACAUAAAGCUACUUUUAUACACACAUUGAUAUUCAUGGAUGAAUUUUACUGCAUGCAAAAUCCAUCUAAGAGUGGGUAAUGAUCGACGAUGAUUGUUGUUAAAAACAAUAUUGUGGCAGAGAGAGGGUGUGGCAUUUAGCGUUUACUGAAAACAGAGGAGGUCGGACAUCACUUGAACUUUCACUAAUUAUGACCUUUUAAUGACAUUCCAGGCCAAAUUGCUUUUCGUUUUUGCUGACUUAGCAGUAGCGUCUACUGUACUUCUGCUAGUCUCUAUUUUAGCCGCCCUCUAAAAGUUGGGCGGCCUAAUCACGAGUCUAUGUUAUAGAGGGCGACUGAUUUAUGAGACAAUAUUUCUGCACGGUUUUUGUCGCUGAAUCUGUUGACAGCUAGUUGUGUUUGGUGUCUGAUGGUUACUGGACCUAAUCCUAUCAGCACAUACUAGCUAGAUCCGCCUAGAUUCAGCCAUGUUCUACUGCUGAGUCAGCAAAAACGAAAAGCAAUUUGGCCUGGAAUGUCAUUAAAAGGUCAUAAUUAGUGAAAGUUCAAGUGAUGUCAGACCUCCUCUGUACUGAAAAGGGGCAGAACUGAGACAGAGAAAGCUCCGGAUUAAUUAAGUACGUGUACAUGUACGUGUGUGUCCAAGCUUCAUAUGGCUACUGCAGGACAAGACUCAGGGUUAGUGCCUUGGAUUCGCAAGAACCAGCUGGCCGUGGAUCUGUGGGAGGCUGUUAGACAUGAUGACGCUAGCGAAGUGAGGUCACUGUUGGAGCAGGGGGCCAACCCUAAUCACCAACUCUACUGGAGUGAGGAGUGGUGUGAUGUGCUUAAGAAGGCUAGACGCCCUCCAGUACAUGAAGCAUGCCUGAUUGGCAACCUGGAGAUCACUAGAGCACUCGUUAGUGGUGGAGCUGAUAUUGAUAAAGGUGAUGGACUUUUGGGCAUGGCUGCAUUUCACUGGGCGUGUAGGGGAGGACAUAUGGAGACUGUGGUGUACUUGUCACAUAAUGUGAAAUGUUGUAUUGAUGUGAGGAACAAGUGGGACCAAGCACCACUGCACAGGGCUUGUGUGGGAGGAAGUAAACAAGUUGUACAGCACUUAGUAAAGGAGUGCAAGGUUGAUGUUGACGUGACUGAUGUUGGUGGCAACACUCCUCUUGACUUGACAAAACUGUUUGUUCGCACAAGAUCUCUGUCCCUCACCUGUCCAGAUGUGACUGAUGACCUGGCAGUACGGAGUGGUCACACUGAAAUUGUUGACUAUCUCCAGUCUCUGAAGCCCUCCACUCCUGAACCAGGUAAUGCAGUGACUCCACUAGCCACUCCACACACAACCACUCAGUCAGUUCAACAACGUGAGACGACAGCGACUGCAGCUCAGUUGAGUAGCGAGUGCUCGGAUGAAGCUCUUUUCCAGUUGUCUACUGAGAUUGCUGGAUACAACAAAUUCAAGCACACGCUGGACCUGAGUCGUGCUGACAUAGACGAAAUCGAUAAUGAUCUGCGAAACUUCUACAGUACACAAGGAAAAUUUUACGCUGCUCUACGGAAAUGGAAGAAUAAAAGCAUCGAUUUUGACAAUCCAUCGAAACCGGCAGCUACUUAUGGUCGAUUAGUGGAAAUUUCUACAAAGAUUGAGGACGGAGAGGCAGUUCGCAGCAUUCACAAGGCCUGUGUGGAGCAUACCAGACUGGAGGUCAUGGAUCAGUCAACACCAUCAGACACUACCAACACUUAUAGACUCUAGAUAACUAUAGUUUAAUUAUGCUCUUGUUCAUUUAACCACUUUUCAUGUAAUUUUUAAUGAUGUGAAAAAAGUUUUAUUCAUAAUAAUAGUUUCCAUGGUGA